AAGCAAGGUUGCAUCAACUGGAUCCCCUGUCCUAUAUCAGCUCCAAAGUUAUCGGAACAAACCAGAGAUGAAGAAAAGUUCUAUUCUUAGAAGCUCAUGGUAUUUCUGGCAAAACACCAUCAUCACCAAUCCCCUCUCUCUCCAAGUCCCUCCUCCCCAACAAGCUCAAGCACAAACCUCAAAGAACAUCAUGACACACCUCUCUCUGACCACCCAAAACCAACAACAACAACAACAACAUCAACAACCAAACAACCUCAAAAAAAAACACCACCACCUUAACCUCUCCGAGCAGCGGUCCACCAUUCUCACCGGUCGUGCCACCAAGCAAUGGCCGCUGUUCGCACCUUCCACCACCACAACAACCACCACACCCACCACCUCCUCCUCUGUCUCUUCCUCUUCCUCUUCAUCUCCCUCUCCCUCUCCUCAGCCUCAGAGACUCAAUCCCUCCUCAAGCUCAAACAAUCCUUCACCAACGCCGACAAGUCCUUAGCCUCAUGGAUCCCCAACGUGUCCCCAUGCUCCGGCACCUGGACCGGCGUAAUCUGCUUCAACAACAUCGUCACCGGCCUCCACCUCUCCGACCUCAACCUCUCCGGCACAAUCGACGUCGAAGCUCUCGCCGAGAUUCACGGCCUCCGAACUCUCAGCUUCGUCAACAACUCCUUCUCCGGCACAAUCCCAAGCUUCAACAAGCUCGGACCCAUCAAAUCCCUCCUCCUCACCCAGAACCACUUCUCCGGCCCCAUCCCACAAAACUUCUUCUCCACGUUAUCCUCCCUCAAGAAACUCUGGCUCUCCGGCAACAAAUUCUCCGGCGAAAUCCCCGUCUCCUUAACCGAACCCGACCUCCUCAAAGAGCUUCACCUCGAAGGAAACCAGUUCACCGGCCGACUCCCUAACCUGAAACAAGACUUCCGAUCAUUCGACGUGUCGCACAACCAGCUCGAAGGUCCCAUCCCGGAAAGCUUGUCGAAAUACGGCGUGGUGUCGUUCUCCGGCAACGAAGGUCUCUGUGGGAAGCCGUUGGAUAAGCCAUGUUCCGGCGGCGGUGACGAUUCGUCUUCUUAUUACUCCAUUCCGACAGGCUCUGGAGUCGGAGGCGGCGACGGCGGUUACGGGUCAAGCUGGGCGGCGAAGGUGAUUGUGAUCCUCCUUCUGGCGGUUAUCGCGGCGGUGAUAUUCCUGUUCGUGAAGUCCAGACGGCGGCACGAUGAUGAUUUCAGCGUGGUGAGCAGGAACAGUAGUAGCAGCAUGGACGAGCUGGUGCAAGUGCAUGUACCCAGCUUCAAGAGCAGUAGCAGCUUCAGGGGCGGUAGCAGCAGCGGCGGUGUUGUUAAUAGAAGCUUAUCCGCCUCUCGGUCCAUGUCGUCGACGUCGGGGCCGGCGGGGAGGAAGGAGUCGUCAUCUUCUUCGCAUGGUAAGAAGGGAGGAGGAGGGACGAAAGGGGGAGCUGUGGGGGAUCUUGUGAUGGUGAAUGAGGGACAAGGGGUGGCGUUUGGAAUGCAGGAUUUGAUGAAGGCGGCGGCGGAGGUUCUGGGGAACGGUGGUUUGGGGUCGGCGUAUAAGGCCGCCAUGGCGAAUGGGUUGAGUGUGGUGGUGAAGAGGAUGAGGGACAUGAAUAAGAUUGGUAGAGAUGUGUUUGAUGCUGAGAUGAGACAGUUUGGGAGGAUCAAACAUCCUAACAUCUUGACUCCAUUGGCUUACCAUUAUAGGAAAGAGGAGAAGCUCUUUGUCACUGAGUACAUGCCCAAAGGAAGCUUGUUAUAUGUCUUGCAUGGUGAUAGAGGAAUAAUCCAUGCUGGUCUGAAUUGGCCUACCCGUUUGAAGAUUGUUAAGGGGAUAGCAAGGGGAUUGGGCUUCCUUUACACUGAGUAUUCUACCUACGACCUUCCCCAUGGGAACCUUAAAUCUAACAAUGUUCUGCUAACUGAUGAUUACGAGCCUCUCUUGAGUGACUAUGCUUUUCAACCACUAAUCAACCCCAACAUUGCAGUGCAGUCAAUGUUUGCCUACAAGACCCCAGAUUACGUGCACGGCCAGAAAGUUUCACAGAAGACUGAUGUUUACUGCUUCGGAAUCAUCAUUCUUGAAGUCGUUACCGGAAAAUUCCCUUGUCAAUAUCACAGCAAUGGCAUGGGUGGGACUGAUGUUGUGCAGUGGGUUUUCACUGCGAUCUCUGAGAGAAGAGAAGGAGAAUUGAUUGAUCCUGAGCUACAAAGUGAAACAAAAUCGCUCAACCAGAUGCUGCAGCUUCUCCAAAUUGGGGCUGCUUGCACGGAAGGCAACCCUGACCGAAGACUGCACAUGAAGGAAGCUAUUAGAAGGAUAGAGGAGGUACAGGUUUGAAGGUUAUGUCAAUAGCUUAGUUAAAAGUUUCUUCAGUAGGUGAGAAUUGCAGGCCUUGGAAAUAUUACAAAGUGCCAAUUUCAUGAAUGAUUAAGCAGUGAUUUGUACAAGAGUAACACACAGGGAUGAAAUGAAUGUAGGAAGGGGGGGAAAGAUGGAUAGGAAGAAAGAUUGGAUAGCUUCACAAAGCAAUUCAGUUUAUAAGAAAGGUGAUAAUAAACCUGAUGAAACAAUGGCUUGGAAGGACCACAGGUGAAGUGUUGACAUAUCUUUAUCUCAGCCCUAAAAUUAUUAAACUCAAACCAUGUUUACUUUCAAGAGGUCUGAAGCUUGGAACGUUUCUCAUGUUUGUCCUAUUGAAAGAUAGCAUAAUAUCAAAGUGCAAGCUAAGUCUCAACAUAUUGACACUAGGAAAGUAUCUGCAAUUCUCAUAAAUAUAACAUUUUUGGACAGCAUCCCUUAAAUUUGUAAAGACUUUUUAUUUUAUUUUUUAGUUUUCCUCUUUGUAUAUCAAAAUAGGAUAAUGCUUCUGUUUCUACUCACUAUCCAUUCAUAUGUUCUUAUGUAAACUUAUUAUAUUAGGCAAUACAAGUUUGAUUUAUGAAAU